AUGUUGGCACGUGGUGCGGAGCCUGGUCAGGUGUCACCAGGCUGUGGCCGCCAAGUGCGAAGGGGGGCGCCGGCCCAGGGGAGGUGGUGGCGCGCGGCACCGGGGCGGGGAGUGGAGGGGGCUGUGAAAUGCCAUAGAAGCGCGGGGCGCGCUGCGCGGGGACUGCGCGAUGGCCAGGCAGGCGUGAGCCCAGGCGGGACCAAGCGGACCGGGACCUUGCGGGGCAACGACAGCGCGCUGCCCAGCGCCUCCCAGCCGGCCCCGGGCGGGGAGGGCGCGCGGCCGCGGCUCUCGAGGCUGGCCUGCACGCUCGCCUGCAGCCUCGUCGUCACCAUUGUGGUGGACAUCGUGGGCAACCUCCUGGUCAUCCUGUCUGUGUAUGGCAACAAGAAGCUGAGGAACGCAGGAAAUAUAUUUGCGGUAAGCCUAGCAGUGGCAGACCUGGUGGUGGCCGUUUAUCCAUACCCCUUGGUGCUGACUUCUGUAUUUAACAAUGGAUGGAAACUGGGAUAUCUGCCCUGCCAAAUCAGUGGUUUCCUCAUGGGCUUGAGCGCCAUCGGCUCAAUAUUUAAUAUCACUGGGAUUGCCAUUAACCGCUACUGCUACAUCUGCCACAGCCUCAAGUACGACAAGCUGUACAGUGACGAGAAUUCCUUCUGCUGCGUCUUCCUGAUAUGGAUGUUGACACUGGUGGCAAUCGUGCCCAACUUGCAUACUGGGACACUCCAGUGUGACUCAAGGAUCUGUUCCUGUACGUUCGCACAGUCUGUCAAUUCGGCAGACACAGUAGCUGUGGUGGUUUUCCAUUUCGUAGUCCCUGUGAUCAUUGUCAUCUUCUGUUACCUAAGAACAUGGAUCCUGGUGCUUCAGGUCGGAUGGAGAGUGAAGCCCCACAACAAACCCAAACUGCAGCCACAGGACUUCAGGAAUUUUGUCACCAUGUUUGUGGUUUUUGUACUUUUUGCCAUCUGCUGGGCUCCUCUAAACUUUAUCGGUCUUGCGGUAGCCUUUGACCCUGCCAGCAUGGCACCCCGCAUCCCAGAGUGGCUUUUUGUGGUCAGUUACCAUAUGGCAUAUUUCAACAGCUGCCUCAAUGCGAUUAUAUACGGACUGCUGAACCUAAAUUUCAGGAAGGAAUACAGAAGGAUUAUAGUCUCACUGUGCACACCCAGGAUGUUCUUUGUGGAUAGCUCUAAAGACGUAGCAGACAGGAUUAAACGAAGCCUUCUCCGUUAGGGACCGACAAUAAUCUAAUGAAGGUGGACCCAGUUUAAAAAAGCACAGCGUUA